UCAACAGGACCAAAGUUGACAUUUUUCUCUUUUUUUUUCACGUUAUUUCCAUUUCGUGUGCCGUUGUUGCGUGGACUUCCCGCGGAAAGAGAAGGAGCGAGAAGAUGACGUCCAGGACUAUUGAUUACAGUGUGUGGGACCACAUCGAAGUAUCGGAUGACGAGGACGAGACUCACCCCAAUAUCGACACGCCGAGCCUCUUCCGAUGGAGGCAUCAGGCGCGUGUGGAGAAACAGGUGGCCUUCGAGGAGAAAGGAGAGGAGCUGGAGAGGAACAUGGCAGAGUGUAAGAGACGUCUGGAAGAGGUGCAGUACAGAGUGAAGGAGUUAGAGGAGGAAGGAAAGAAGGAGGGAGAGGAGGAGAGGAAGACGGCGCUGAGCAAGGCCCAGGCCGAGGAGAAGAAAUACAGAAAGGAUCAACGCUUGUGGGAGAAGAAGAUGGAGGAACACCGGAGAGAGGAGAAAAAGAUGCCUUGGAACGUUGACACGCUCAGCAAAGAGGGAUUCAGCAAGAGUAUUUUGAACAUCAAACCGGAAGUGACCGAAGAGACGGAGGAACAGAAGGAGGAGAAACACCAGACUUUUGUAGAUAAACACAAGAAAGAGAUCAAACACUUUGGGAUGCUUCGGCGUUGGGAGGACAGUCAGAAGUACCUGUCUGACCACCCUUACCUGGUGUGUGAAGAGACGGCUAACUUCCUGGUCAUCAUGUGUAUCGACCUGGAGGUGGAUGAGAAACAUGGUUUGAUGGAUCAGGUAGCCCAUCAGACCAUAGUGAUGCAGUUCAUCUUAGAGUUGGCUAAGAGCCUGAAGAUCGACCCUCGAGGAUGUUUCAGAGAGUUCUUCCAAAAGAUCAAGACUGCCGACCAGCCCUAUCAGGAGGCCUUUACUGAUGAGCUGGAGUCCUUUAAAGAGAGAGUUCGAGGCAGAGCUAAGAUCAGGAUACAAAAGGCUAUGGAGGAGUAUGAGGAGGAGGAGAGACAGAACAGACUGGGGCCAGGUGGACUGGACCCUGUGGAAGUCUACGAUACUCUGCCAGAGGAAAUGAAGAAGUGUUUUGAUGAUAAAGACAUCUCAAUGCUGCAGGAAGCUAUCAGCAAGAUGGACCCCAUGGAGGCAAAGGGCCACAUGAAGAGGUGUAUUGACUCAGGACUCUGGGUUCCCAACGCCAAUACCGACAACGAAGAGGACAAAGAAGAAGACGAGGAAGAGGACAAAGAAGAUGAGGAAGAGGCAGAGAAGGAGGGAGAGGCGGAGGAGGAGAAAUGACUCUGUCAUGAAUUGAACCCUUCCUUUAGACUUUUGACCUUUUCAGACCUAGCUACACCCUUUACUAGCGUUAGCUUGUCUUAUUGAAAACAUGCUGUGAAGAUGCUAACUUCCCUAGCGUUAAUUGGGCUAGUAUCGCUAGCAUUAGCCUGACCCAUUGAAAACCUGCUCCGGGCCAGUAUUUACAAAGAGUCAGCUCUAGGAUCAGAUUCCCCUCUCCAAUCCUGACGUUAACCAUUUGUGGAAAAUGUUAAACUUCAUCCUGCUCCAGUUUCUACCCAUAGUCCCUUUCUCCAUGACCCCAUCUUUAUAUUAACCCUCCCCCCACCUCACUUCUACCCAUAGUCCCUUUCUCCAUGACCCCAUCUUUAUAUUAACCCUCCCCCCCACCUCACUUCUACCCAUAGUCCCUUUCUCCAUGACCCCAUCUUUAUAUUAACCCCCCCAUCUCACUUCUACCCAUAGUCCCUUUCUCCAUGACCCCAUCUUUAUAUUAACCCCCCAUCUCACUUCUACCCAUAGUCCCUUUCUCCAUGACCCCAUCUUUAUAUUA